UCGCAUGCGGCGUAAAAACAACGCAAGUUCCGUGUUAUGGUCCUAUACACAAUGUCAGCCGAAAUUGCUCUAGUCCAGGAAAUAGAGAAACAUCCGUGUCUCUACAAUAGUUAUUUGCCAGAAUACAACCGCAAAGAUCUCACUGAAGACGCAUGGGGGCAAGUUGCACACAAUAACAACUUGACAAUAAGUGACUGCAAAGAAAAAUGGCGGAAUAUCCGUUGUUCGUUUCUAAGAAGUUUGAAACCAACCACGAGAUAUAAAAAACCUUAUUAUUUAACCAGUUACCUACAAUUCAUAUUACCAUUUAUGAAAUCGAUUAAUAAUUUAGAAUAUAUAGAUGAAUUAAAUGAAUUUAAGAAUAAUAACACGAGUGACGUAAUAAUUAAAUUGGAACCAGAGGAAAUACUUGAAACACAAUCGGAAGAUGAGAAUGUUACUAAAGAAAUACCAAUCAUUGUCGACGAAUCUGUGAUCCCUGAAUGUAUUAUCCCGCGAGAAAAGCCUCCAGCCUCUAGACGACGUAGACACUUCACUCCAAUUCUAAACAAAACAGAAAAGAAAAAUAAAAAAUCACAAAUAAUCACAACAAAUUCAAACAAGAUGAAAGGAAGUGCUUUACGCUUCUUCUUGCUAAGUUUACUACCAGAAUUAGAAACUAUGACAGAUGAACAAGUAAGAUUGUUUAAAAUUAAAGCCAUGUUGCUGAUUGAUGAAAUAAAAACAAAUGAUUCAGAAAUAAGGCGAAGUAUAAACAAUAUAAAUGAUUCGAGACGCAUACAAAAACGAUUAAUUAAUUUAUUAUUAAAAAACCUGAAGAAAGAGUCAGAUUAAAAGAUUAUUUUAA